GAGAGCGUCGUGUCCACGGGCCUGCUUCAUUGCCGCUUGCCGCUUGCCGCCGCCGCUGCUUCCGGCUGGGAAGGGGACGACGCAGAGUGCAGAGUCAGCUGGGCAGCAGGAGGCGGAGGCGCGCGGGCGGGGAGCAGGAUUUUGACACCAGCUGAACAGAAGAAGCCUAGUCCUGCACUGUUGAACUUGCUGCCAUGGGGAACAUAUUUGGCAACUUGCUGAAGAGCCUGAUUGGCAAAAAAGAGAUGCGAAUCCUUAUGGUGGGUCUUGAUGCUGCUGGGAAAACCACCAUCCUCUACAAGCUCAAACUGGGAGAGAUUGUCACCACUAUCCCUACUAUUGGGUUCAACGUUGAGACGGUUGAAUACAAGAACAUCAGCUUCACUGUAUGGGAUGUCGGUGGCCAGGACAAGAUACGCCCCCUCUGGCGACACUACUUUCAGAAUACCCAGGGUCUGAUUUUUGUAGUGGACAGCAAUGACCGAGAACGAGUAAAUGAGGCACGUGAGGAAUUGAUGAGAAUGCUGGCAGAAGAUGAGCUGCGAGAUGCCGUUCUCCUUGUCUUUGCUAACAAACAGGACCUUCCCAACGCCAUGAAUGCCGCAGAAAUCACGGACAAGCUGGGCCUGCAUUCACUGCGCCAUCGUAACUGGUACAUCCAGGCCACCUGCGCCACCAGUGGAGAUGGCCUCUAUGAGGGCUUAGAUUGGCUGGCCAACCAGCUGAAGAACAAGAAAUGAGUGCAGGAGGGGAGGGUGGUGGGCCAAGCCCCUCACCAUUGGUUCUACUUUGGGUUGAUCCCCUCCCUCCUGUCCUCCCCUGUCACACCCUUUCUUCCCUGUUGGGUUUGCUUUUCUUGCCGGCACCGGUUGCUGUUGGGGGGAGGGGGCGGGAGGGGGGUGGUUGGGGCUAACUUUUGAUUUCUCUCUCUCUCUCUCUCUCUCUCUCUUUCUCAUGUUCUGGUUCUGCCAGGAUUUUUUGCACGGUCUCUGUGUGUGCGCGUGCGUGUGUGAUAAAUAUAUAUAUAGAGAUAAUAAAAUAUAUGGGUGCAGUGGGAGGGUUGGGACAAGUGGGAGUUGGAUGCCAAUUCUGUGGCCUUUCUUUCUUUCUUUCUUUCUUUCUUUCUUUCUUUCUUUCUUUCUUUCUUUCUUUCUUUCUUUCUUUCUUUUUUUUUUUUUUUUUUCUUCUUCUUUCUCUUUUCCUCUCCCCUAUCGUUUAGUUGGAUCAAUUUUUGUAUUUUUGGUGGUCUGUGAAAUUUGGCUCUCUUUGUUCAGAGGUGACCAAUAUUCCUCAGUGGCAGCUGCUUCUUGCUUUUGUGUGCUGUUGGUGCAGGUUGGUGGAAAAUUUGUGUGUCAUGAGGCCAGGAAUAAGGGAGAUGGUGUGUACCCUCCACACGUGCAGGGGCAGAGGGAGACAAGGAAGAAUUGCGGGGGGGGGGGGGGGGGGGGGGGGUUAGAAGGAUUUUAGAUUCCCCAGAGUAAGUAUUCUUGCUGUCCUGUCUGAAUUAGCUGGCUCCCCCUGUUGGCAUUAAUGAGAUUGCAAUCCUAUUGAAUGUCCUGCUCUAUUUCUUGCUGUCCAUUUUAUUAUCCUGUUCACAACCUCAUUGGUGACUCAUGCAGUUAGCUCUGUUGUGCUGCUGAUGAGCAGGAUCAUUUGCAUUCCAACCUCUUAGACCAAAUGGCACUGGAGCCCUGAAUAAUGUCUCCUAAGCCAUGCAAUUCCCCCCCCCCCCCCACUUCUCCUCAACCCAUCCCUAAAAGGGGAUCAGCAUCGAUGGGCUGCUGCAGAAGAUUUUGGGACCAGUGGCUAUCAAAAGCUACCUGAGCAGAUGUCAAUGCCACCCUUAGCUACCUGGCCUGGCCUUUCCAUCCAAGGGAUGUAUAUGCACACUUGCAGGGACAUCCCAGCUGCUAAACGUUUCCACCAACCAACUGGCUAUUUCUCUCCCCUUGGAACUCACAGAGGAGGGGGCUCUCUCAUGGCUGCCCUGUUGCAUGAUAUGACGCCAAUGGAGAACCCUCCCUUCCCCCUGCCACCCUUGGAUCUGUACGCCGGCCCAUGAAGGUUUCUUUUUCCCACGCUGGGGGAAGUGGCAGAGUUGUUUAUUUCCUUCCCCCUCCCUCGUUAAUUUUGGGGAGUAAUGAUUGUAUUAGGGUCAAGCCCAGGUCACUGCAUGUAACUUUCGGGUCACUCCCUGCCUCUGGACAGUGUUGGUACUGUGUAUUUCCCUCCCCACUCCUGGCAAAUGUGUAUUUAUUCCUCUUUUGCUCUCUCUUUGCCACUUCCCCCUCAAAUCCUCAGCCCCUUUUUGCUUGGUGUAAAGUGGUUUCCUUUCCCCUUAGUUCUGAUUUCUUCAUAUUUUGGGCCAUGGCUCCCUGUUUGUUUUUCUCGCCCUCUCCCCCCCCUCUUUGAACAGUUGGAUGCACCACGACCUCUGUGCACUCCCAUUGGAUAUUAAACUCGUUUUAUGUAGCUACUGUCUCCUAUCUGCUCUUUUCCAUUGGUUGGAUAUGGGGGAGGGUUGAUGAGUAUGACGUGGUUCAUAACUCAAAAUGGGUGUUUCCUUACUAUUUCUGUCAGCUUAGAGUCUUAAGGCAAAUCAAACAUUCAGUAGGAAAUGAAUGUUCUCCGAAUUGAGAUCUGUGCAUCUCCUGUCUUUCUUCAGCCUGAAUUGAGAGUUUAAAAUCUGUUUUAAGAAUUGUCUAACUUCUAGGAGCGUGCUAUGAAUCAAAGUGCUUGAGUGGGUUAAGGGAUGCCAUGUAGAGGAUUCUGGGCUUCUAUACAUGACCAAAAGACAGUGUUCUGUGCUUCCUUCUGCUUUCCCAUUGACAUCUCCAUAUUAACUAGCGACUUUCAUUUUGAAUCUUUAUUUCUCUCCCCCGCCCCCAAUUUCCUGCCUCCUGUUUAGUAUCAAGGUCCUUUUGGCCAGGGUUGGGUUGCUCAGGAGCGGUGAUGGACAUGCAGGCACUAUUUUAAUUAGAAACAGCUUAACAGAGAGCUGCAUUUCUUUAUGAGAUGGGGGUGUCUUUAAUCCAAAGUGGCAGUUAGCCCCUUCUCUUCCUGUAUUGAAGAGAGAUAUUGGAUGAGUUGCUAAAUCCCAUUAGUUGCUAAUCCAAGAAGGCAGCUUGUCCACGCUGAGGACUUCAGAUUGGGCUCUCUGUUCCGUUCAUUGCUCCAAAAUGAGGAUGCAUCAGGCUCUAAAAUUGCUUCCCAUACUCAAACCUGCUUGUCUACAUAAGAACCUUGUCUCCUUGUUUGGUGCCUAUGAGAGAAGCUGAUUGAGGAGGCCUGAAAGGGAGGUAACAACUGUGUGCUUAAUCUGUAGAAACAGAAGAGCUUUGUUUCUUGGUUUCCUUGUGUCCUGUCUUCCACCAUCAAUUGUCAAAUAAUCAUGAGACGCUGGAAUACCAAGGUCCCUGAAUUCUGGGACCAGCUUUCACUCUCAGAAUUUCCUAGUAAAUUCUUUUUCCCAGGAGGGCUAUCCGUCCAUCUGCCCACGUAAAACUGACAUUGGGAUUCUACAACCCCUAAAAAGAUCUUUAAAAAAAAAUCUAUUUGAAAUCAGAAAGGCACCAGAUUGUCCUUGUAUUUCCUUUGCAUAGCAUGAAAUUCUAGGAGGAAUUAAAUUGUGUGAAUUUGAGCUGUGUGGGAUGUUAGCAGAAUCUAUGGAAUAAAUACUUGAAUAUAUCCAAUAUGUAUCCUUCAGCCGGCUCAUUACAGGGAAAAAUUGUGUGUGUAAUCUUAAGGAAGCUUAGUUAUUUUUAGGGACCUUUUCAUAAAUGGGACACUGGCUAAAAUCAUUUAUUUCAUAUCCAUUCUGCCUUCUCUCUUGGUGCAGGAAAGUCUCAUAUGUUGACGGUAAAUCGGGUUAUGCCCAGGGAGUUAACAUAAGUACCUCAAGGAACUGGAAGAGUCCUGAAUUUGACAAUUCACAGUGUUUCUUUUCAGCAUGGUUUUUGAAUUAUGUUUUUGGAGUUAAAAGUUUGUUGUCCCUUACUCAGGCUUUUGAGCUGCCAGGUUGCAACUGGAGAGAUCACCCAUUAAACAUUGUUUGAAA